ACUGUAUAUACGUCAUUUCAAUUUAAUUUAACGACGAUUGAAUUUAGAAUUUAGAAGCAGAGAGAGACUCCUGCGGCUGCGCUACAGGCGGGCGUAAGCAAACAGAGCUCUGCCUCCAGCCAUGGCGAGGAAAGAGAGGGCGGCGGAGGCGAGGGCGAGCACGUCGAAGCCGGCCCCUGCUCCGGCGCUGGCGAUGCAGGUGCAGCGGCGGGCUGUGGGCGGGGGCCGGUGGACCAGCCGCCGGAUAUCCUUCUACGCCUCCCGCGUCUUCUUCGUCCUCAUCAUCCUCCAGAUCCCGCUCUUCAGGGUCCCUUGUAGAGCUGGCACAUGCACAACUCCCAUUCAAGUUACAUCUUCGCAGUUGGUGUCAAAUGAGAUUUUCCCACCAUCAGUUGUGAAGGCCCUUCUCUUUCCUGGAGCUAUAGCAAGUAACCUCACUAAAAGCAGGACAUUUCCUAAGUGGAAUGACCUGUUUGAUAUGUACAAUUUGACAGAAGCCAAGAAUGCGUCAGCAGUAAUUGAUCUCCAGCGUCUAGAGAUUCUUGCUGGAAGCUACUUCUGUGUUGCUGGAGCACUUGUUGGCGUCAUAAACCCUGGGAGGAUGACCUUGUUUGGUACCCUUUUGGUUAUUUGGGGUCUAGUGAAAGAAGCAAUAUUUGGGAAACCGGUGAACAGUGAUCCAACACAAUCAGUUCAUGUCUAUCCAACCAUUUUGAUCGCACUGAUUUGUGCAUUCUUGUCAAUAACUUACAAUGUAAAGAAGACAGUAAGAAAUAGCCAGUCUGUUUCAAUCACUAAGCCUCUGCAAAGUUCUGCGAAGUCAAAACUGAAGUAGACACAUCAUUGUCUAUUUGUCACAACCUUCUUCAUCCUUGUAGUUCAUUUCCAUUUUUUUUGGUUGAAGACUGGCCCAAGUAUAACACUAUAUGGGUUACUGUGUACCACUUUGAAUACUGUAACAUUCAGUUUUCACCUUUGUAUCAAGGGCUUACACUACCCAUAAUUUUGAUUGCAAGCAUAUUCACUUU